AUGAAAACAAGUGCGAUCUUUUUCUUCUUGCUCACUGUCAUUGCAAUAACAACUUUUGGUGGUGGUGGUGUUGUUUCUGGUCAAGAAGAAAACUACGCCGUGUAUGAUGCCGACGGACAAAAGGUUAAAACCAACGUUCCGUAUUAUGUCAGCUUCAUGACGAUAGAGUACGGAAUGUGGAUUUGCCGAAUGCGUUUAGGAUCUGUUGAUCCCGAGUCAUGUCCGGGACAACAACCGGUAAUGUUCACUGAUCCAAAUAUAGCACCCACACCAGUUAUGUUUGUAUUACCAUCUUCAAAUUCAUCAUCAUCAGAUCGUGUCGUCAUAAAUGAAUCAACCGAUCUUAGCAUUAAGUUCGCAACGCCUGGCCCUUGUGGUGAGUCCCCGUUCUGGAGAGUUGUUAAUGGAGAAGUAUUCCUGAGCGGAACGGAGUUAAGCAGUGAUAGUACAUUCACCAUUCAGAGGACUGACCAAUAUUAUAAGUUUACUUUCGGUAACGGUUUUGAUCAAAGGAGUAUCAAUUUAUCUAACGAACAAAAAUCAAAGCUAUUAUGGAAGAGGUAUUUAGGUCCAGAGAUGGAGAUCUAUUUCUACCGGGCUACGCUAAAGUAA